AUGGCCCUCGAAUACAACGACAAGUCCCCAGCUCCGUCCAGCCAGCCGCGCCAGGCAACAUCCGCUGCACGAAGCAAAGAAUCCAUUUUAGCUCUUUGUCAAGAAGCAAUUAGGGAUUUCUUCAGCAGAAUAAAUAUCACUAUUCCUGCAUACUUGGGCGAUCCCGAGCUUACAUCCCGAGUCAAGGAGGUUAUCCAGACCUGGGACGUUGAUGGCUCCAUUGGUUCGCCCGUCAAUACCGCGAUUACGCUUACGUUCACCGCCUACAACCACAUCGCGAACUUCGACACGAAACUGCAAAUCGCGCUCUUCACCGUGAUCGUCCUUUCCCUGGAUGAUCCGGUCGUACUCGACUCUCUGCCUUCCCGCGAAUUCCACCGCCUCUUCUCUGCGGGCGCGCCUGAGGCUCAGUCCGGCCUACUCGCGGAGCUCACGCGGCUCCUCCCCGGCAUGUGGGACCACUACCCGCGGUACGCUGCCAGCGCCAUCUCUACUUCCGCUUUGGAUUUCGUGAACAUGUGCAUCCUCGAGAAUGAGACGAAGGAUUUGGUGCUGUCGGCCGACGCAGUUCCAUUCCUUGUGUAUCGUCGUACCAAGAGCGCGACCGCAGAAGCUUACGCCCACUUCAUCUGGGACAAGACCAAGUUCCCCGAUGUCAAGGAGUAUGUUCAGGCCAUUCCUGACACCAUCGUUUACAUCAACCAUGUCAAUGAUAUCCUCUCUUUUUACAAGGAGGAAUUGGCCGGUGAGACGGGAAAUUACAUCGGUGACCGCGCUCUCAUCGAGGGCAAGUCCUCGCUCGAAAUUCUUCGCGAAGUGAUAGGGGAGACGGCUGCGGCGGCGGAACGCGUUCGUCACAUCCUUGGAGAGGGAGAGGCCCGGGACGCAUGGGAGAGUUUUGCUCGUGGAUACAUCGGCGUGCACACCUGCAGCCCGCGUUAUCGUCUUCAGGAGGUGAUAGGUAGCCAGUACAUCAUGACCUGA